GUGGUGUAUUUUGCUCCUCCUAUCACUAGGGGCAGGACCUGGCAUUUGUGGCGUGGCAUGCUUCCUUGCUUCCAGAAACUGCUCAGCCCCUUUUAUCUGCUGUGAGAUAGCAGCAUGGCCACAACUCUGUGGGCAGUCACAACAGACAGCGUUGUUCCCAAAUCUUUUCUGGACCACUUUGGAAGCGAAAACAAAAGGAGCCUUUAAAAUCCAUGUAAAUGGAGUGGGUCUUAUGAAGUGGCCUAUGCCCAAUGCCAGAGAGUCGAAUGAUUCUGGAUGCCUUUGCCCAACAGUGCAGCCGGGUUCUAAGUCUUUUAAAUUGUGGUGGAAAACUACUGGACAACAAUCACUCUCAGUCAAUGAUUUCUUGUAUAAAGCAGGAAAACCCAAAUUAUAGUGAAAGACAAGAGCAAUGUCAGCUUGGAAAAAUGGUCCAUAGUCAGACGUCAGACAUUUUAGACAUAGAGAUGCAGUAUAUGCAAAAGAAACAACAAACCUCAGCCUUUCUGAGAGUUUUUACUGAUUCGCUUCAGAACUAUUUGCUUUCUGGGAGCUUCCCUUCUCAGAACACCUCGUCAGUAAAUGAUUUUAGCCAUUUGGCAGAUGUGGAUCCACUUUCAACCUCUCCAGUACACACUUUAGGUGGAUGGACAUCUCCAGCAACUUCUGAAUCUCAUGGUCACCCAUCAUCUUCUACGCUUCCAGAGGAGGAAGAGGAAGAAGAAGAGGAAGGUUACUGCCCUCGCUGUCAAGAGCUUGAACAGGAGGUAAUUUCAUUGCAACAAGAAAAUGAGGAGCUUCGUAGAAAACUGGAGAGCAUUCCAGUGCCCUGCCAGACUGUUUUAGAUUACUUGAAGACUGUACUUCAGCAUCACAACCAACUUAUGGUACCACAGCCAACAGACCAUCCAACUGAGGGGAGCAAGCAGUUGCUGAACAACUACCCUGUCUACAUCACUAGUAAACAGUGGGAUGAGGCUGUAAAUUCAUCCAAGAAAGAUGGACGGCGGCUCCUUCGAUAUCUCAUCAGAUUUGUUUUCACAACCGAUGAGCUUAAGUACUCAUGCGGCCUUGGGAAAAGGAAAAGGUCAGUGCAGUCAGGAGAGACAGGUCCUGAAAGACGUCCUCUGGAUCCAGUAAAAGUAACAUGUCUCAGAGAGUUCAUUAGAAUGCAUUGCACUUCCAACCCUGACUGGUGGAUGCCAUCUGAAGAGCAAAUCAACAAGGUGUUCAGUGACGCAGUAGGACACGCUCGUCAGGGGCGAGCAGUGGGGACUUUCCUUCACAAUGGGAACUCAUAUUACGAAGGGACUGACCAUCCGGGGUCACAGGACGAAGUCUUCAAUAGAGUCUCAGGACAGAAUUACUGGACUGGACAGACCUCUCUCACUUAGUAGCCUGAAGAUUCUCCUGGAAUAUCUUGUAAGUCUAGCUUUACUUUUAGUGUAAAAAGCUUAGCCAGUGUCCUGGUACCACUCACAGUCCUGCACUCUCAUACUGUGCAAAAUAACCAAAUGUAUAGUUUUGUCCCAAAAGCCACCUAAGCGCUGGAAAUGGCUUUGCAGGUUUGGACCUUUCAUUUAUGAGCAAAAUCUUUCCCUCAACCGCUUGCGUGCAAUCACCAGUACAUGACUAGCAGCCACAGACAGGCAUCAGAAGAAGGGAGCUCAUCUCUUUUUGGGUUUAGUCUUGUUUUUAAAAUAACAACAGCAAAUAACAACAGCAUCUCCCUAGUUUUAACUGCUGCUGUGGCCACUUGACUCCUGAGCCACCCAUCUCAUUUAAAAAAACCCUCCACCACCGCUCGCUCCAAUUACCUGAGUCACAAGGCAUUAUAAAUUUGCACACAUCAAAGCAUCGAGGUAGCCGCAAGACGUUAGGCAUAACGCUCUGGAACCUGGAAUAACAGAUAGCUGUAAGCCCUCGCGCAGCGAGACACCAGGAUUGACACGCCGUGCUUUGCACACCAGCACAUCCCUUCUGUGCUGGCUGCUGGCGGCGGGCUGGCAGCAGGAGGCUGCUAUCCGUCAUGUCACUCCUGCACAUCCCAGGAGGAUAGAUCCUUGUCUUAUCCCUCCGUGCUCUUUAAUCUUACUGUCAUUUAUGUAUCUGCCUUCUCUCAAACUUUGUGUAGCAGUACCGCACGCCCAUCUGUGCCAACAUGCCUUCGCUAUAUUUUCUAUAACAAAUAUUUGUGGAGAAACUGUGAUUAAAAAACCAUUAAUCCUGAUAUUUUUAUUGUUAUGGUGUAGUUAAUUCUAUGAAUACUUUCUAACGAUGAUUGUACUGUGUAGAGUAAGUACAGGUUAGGGAUAGACCUUUACCAGAUAUUGUACAAAAAAAGUGCAUAGUGUAAUAUAGACUAGUAAGGUUUUUGUGACACUUUCUAUAGGAUGUGUGAAUUGUUUUCUAUGUGGCAACACACAUUUCUUUUAAAAAAUAUAAAAAAUUUAGAGAAUUUUUUAAACAGUCAAUAUUUUUUAAUUAUAAAGACAUUUGUUACCUGCAGUUUACUAUUUCAGGUGUUAAUCCUAAUUUGAAUAUUGGUUUUAUUACUACAUAC